AAAUAAUAUGAUCUUCUUCUUAGGCACGAAAUUCGCAACACUAUGAACAAGAAUCAAGAUCUCCUCUCUUUCCCACCCUGCAUCAAAAUUCAUCGUCUUUCCUCACUCCGGCGAUCUUCCUCCACUAAUCUAAUCGGAAAAGCUCAAUCCACCAUCUCAAUCUGCGCCCUUUUCAUCUUCUUCACCUUCCUCCUCUUUGCCCUAUCCACCUUCGACAACCCUAACGCCACCGCCACCGUCCAGCCCACGUCUGCCAAAUCCUGGCGCCAGAUUUUCAAUUUCCUCGCACCCAUUACCCCAAAUGAAUCGAGAACUAACCACAUUCCUUUCGCCCUUCAACGAUUGGGAAAAAUCUACAGAAGAGGCACCGAUGCAAUGCAUGAUUUAAUCGUCGGCCAUGUAACCGAGUUAGCCACGCCUCAAGAAUUGCGCUUGUUUUUGAGACUCCUUCAUCGCUCCGGCCUCACUUCCAGAUCCGACCUCGUUCUCAUCUUCCCUACGUCGUCUCUGUCCUCCGACUUCGACGACGUGAUUCGCGACGAGAAUGAGUCGUUCGACAAACUUCUAUUAGCAAACGUCGCCGGAAACGACUCGGAAACGAGUUUUAACGCGACCAAGUUCGUAAAACAGAUCAAGAACCAGACGGAAUGGAUCGAGCCGAUUUGGGGACCGAGAAAUCAUAGUAAUUGCAGCGAGGGAAGUCUUCCUGAACCGCCGCUGACGACGACUCGUUUGAGCUACGGAUCGGUGGUGAGUUUCCUGGUGGAUGAACUCGACCCGGCGAACUCGCUCGCCGGGUUUCUAGAUCACGUUCCUAUGAGUCUAAGGAGAUGGGCUUGUUACCCAAUGCUACUAGGAAGACUCAAAAGAAAAUUCAAGAACGUUGUUUUACUUGAUGUAAGAGAGAUCUUACUAAUAGGUGACCCACUAGUUCGAGUCAAGACUCACUCAUCCGAAUCAGUGCUCAUCUUCCCCGAGUCAACACCGAGGAAGAGAAACCCGACGAUGGAAUCUCGACAAGAAGAGUUCAAAUCAGUCAACCUGUUGGUGGCGAUGGGCGGCACUCGUGGGGUUCGCCACCUUUCCGAGCUGAUGCUGGCGAAGAUAGUAGGUGCAGCCACUGCCUCUCGCCGGAGAAAGAUCCCUGUAACCGAGUUGGCAAUCUUGAAACGACUCGUCACUAAAGAAUCGUUGAAGGCAGCAAAUAUAAUCAUAUAUGAAGACCCGAUACCGGAGGCAAGUACACUCGACAACUCGACAUCUUGGUUGAUGAAGUUUAGACGAGUCAGUAAUAGCAGUAGGAUCACUUCCAUUUCAUCAAUCUUUAAGCAAAUUUGUUCAAUAGAAUUAGAUUCAUCAAUCUAUGGAGAGUGUUAGAAGAAUAGGCAAAAGAGUACCCAAUAGAUAGAAGAUACAUAUACAUACAUACAUACAAUCAAUAAUAACACAUUGAUGAAUAUACACCCUUCUUCUCCCUUGUGACAAGAUCAAAUACAAUAACAAACUUGAUGGAAUCAAAGAAUUUGAAAACCAAGACUCUCUCUGCUGUAAAGCCCCUAUAAAUGUCUAAAACUAUAAACAAGGGCAUCGAGCAGCAACUUAUGGGCAGACCAGCAGAAAACGAAA